AUGGAUCAGAAAGUUUCAAUGAUUUCUCGUCUCUUUUAUGUAAUAGUGACUUGCCUGCUUUUGAAUCAGUUCCAGAUUCCUGCUGAAGCUUUGGGUCCCGUGGGGGUGGGUGUCACUUAUUCAAUACUUGCAGACAAUCUUCCACCUGCAAAAGAAGCAAUCCCUUUCGCUUAUUCUAAAGGAUUCAAAAGGAUUCGUAUUUAUGAGCCACACAAAAAUGCUCUAGAUGCGAUAAUACAUACAACGAUGGAUGUAAUCUUGGGGGUUGGAAAUGAAGAUAUCGUGAAAAUAGCCUACGAAAAAGGUUUCGCUCAAAAAUGGGUUGAUGAAAAUGUCAAAGCUUAUAAUGAUACGAUAAUCUUUUCAAUGAUAGCUGUGGGACAUGAUAUUAGUCCUGAAGAUAAAUUAGCAGAAGCCUUGCUCCCUGCUAUGCAAGCCCUUCAGGAUGCAUUACCAAGUGAUGAGUUACAGCCAAUUCCUGUGGUCACUCCAUUAACACUAAACUGGCUAGAAAACUCUCACCCUCCAUCUGCUGGUGAAUUCCGCAGAAAGUAUUUGCCAAACAUUAAAUCUAUUGUUCAGUUUAUGGAAUUACAACUAGGGCAAGCUAUAUUAUGUGAUUUGUACCCUUAUUAUGCCAUGGUGAAUGAUCCAGCAUACGCCAAAAUUCCCAUAGAGUAUGCUCUUCUCAGCUCUUCCCAAGUGAUUGUUCAAGAUGGAAAUAUCGGAUAUACAAAUCUGCUUGAUGGGUUGAUAGAUGCUUUUAUUUCUGCUCUGGAAAAAAUUGGACAAGUAAGUUUUCGGAUUUAUGUUGGCGCAACUGGAUGGCCAAUUGCUUCAGGAUCAGGCGCUAAACUCGAAAGUUUUGAGAAUGCAGAAACAUAUACUAGAAAUGUGGUUAGCAGGAUGCAAACAGCUGCAAUAUCACCCAAGAGUCGAACUCCUUCAUUUACUUACUUGUAUAACUUGUAUCUGCAAAAUCAGGCCACUGGAAUAGAAAGAGAUUUUGGUCUCUUUUACCCUAAUAAUGGAGCUGUCUUCCCUAAUAUUCAGUAUAACAUGACACCCAUCGGCCAUUAG